ACUACCCCUGAAGGAGCCAUGGUGCCCCCAAGUUCCCUUCCCUUCCCCCCCAGACCUGACACAGCUAGGGAGCUGGGAGAUAGAGACUUACGGAGAGAUCAAACAGGGGAUAGACAGACAGAGAGACGGCCAGAGGGAGGGCCGGACAGACAGACAGCCAGACAGAGAGACGGCCAGAGGGAGGGCCAGACAGACAGACAGACAGACAGACAGACACCCCGUGGUGGAGGUACAGUAGUGGAGGCACCGUGAUUUUCUUGAGUAAUUAGUCUCUAUCAACAGUAGCUGACUGACAGAGGGUACCUGAUAUGUCUCUUGAUAACUUGAGCAACUUUGUGCAUUUCUCUCCUCUAGAGAGAGGGACAAACUGUCCACACAAAUAACUAAAUAGAAGUAGAACGACAGACCAAGGAAUGGAGAACCAUGACAAGGGAGGAGGUGAAGGGGGAGGAGAAGGAGACAAGAAACAUCUCCCAGAGGAGGUGAGUGAGAGCGACAAGCGGACCAAGGACCAGCGCAACGAGGCGGAGAAGGGAGAGAAGGAGACGGAGAACGACGGCAGUGAAAAGGAGAGUGUUGAGGGGAAGAGGGAAAGCUGUCGUCGCUCAGGCUCCCUGUGGAGGGGGGGCUGGGCUCUGACGGAGCGGCUAGCCAUCAAUGUGUCGGGGAUGCGCUACGAGACACAGCUCCGCACUCUGGCUCAGUUCCCUGACUCCCUCCUGGGGGACCCCCACCGCAGAAUUCGCUACUUUGACCCACUGCGCAAUGAGCUGUUCCUGGACCGGAACCGAAACUGCUUCGAUGCCAUCCUCUACUUCUACCAGUCUGGUGGGCGGCUGCGGCGGCCUGCCAACGUGCCCCUGGAUGUUUUCUUGGAUGAGCUGCGCUUCUAUGAGCUUAGUGAGGAGAUAAUGGAACGCUUCAAGGAGGACGAGGGCUUCCCCAAGGAGGAGGUGCCUGCGCUGCCUGAGAACGAGAUACAGAGGAAGGUUUGGAUGCUUUUUGAGCACCCAGAAUCCUCCUCGGGCGCACGCAUCAUCGCCAUCAUCAGCGUCAUGGUCAUUGUGGUGUCCAUUGCCAUCUUCUGCCUGGAGACGCUGCCUGACUUCAGGAACGAGAAGGAGCUCCGAGAGAAAUUCACCUACCAGCCCCAUCCUACCCUCCCCAACGUCACCAUCCUGGUCCCUCCCACUGGCAGUGCUUUCCAUGACCCCUUCUUCCAGGUGGAGACCAUAUGUAUCUUCUGGUUCUCCUUUGAGCUCAUUAUGCGCUUAGCCAGCUCCCCCAGUAAGCUCCACUUCUUCAAGGACGUGAUGAACACUAUCGACUUCCUCGCCAUCAUCCCCUACUUCGUCACUCUGGGCACAGAGCUGGCCAGGGACAAAACCUCCAACAAGGACCCGGGCAUGUCUUUGGCCAUCAUCAGGGUCAUUAGGUUGGUCAGGGUGUUCAGGAUCUUCAAGCUGUCGCGUCACUCCAAGGGCCUGCAGAUCCUGGGCCAGACUCUGAAGGCCAGCCUGAGAGAACUGGCCCUGCUCAUCUUCUUCCUCUUCAUCGGAGUCAUCAUCUUCUCCAGCGCCGUCUACUUCGCCGAGGUGGACAGCCCCGACACAGUGUUCACCAGCAUCCCCGAGGCCUUCUGGUGGGCCGUGGUCUCCAUGACGACAGUGGGCUACGGGGACAUGUACCCUACGACUCUGGGUGGCAAGCUGGUGGGCUCCAUGUGUGCCAUCGCUGGCGUGCUCACCAUAUCACUGCCAGUCCCCGUCAUUGUGUCCAACUUCAGCUACUUCUACCACCGAGAGACGGAGUGUCUCGAGAAAAUCAGUGAGUACACCCACAUCAGCACCUCUCUCUGGGAGGGUGAGGACAAAGAGGGGGACGAGGGGGAGGGAGAUUACACUCCCCUGUAUGUGGGCGAUUGCAGGGGAAUCUGUAACCCCCUCAAUGGGACACUGCUGUCAGGACUGUGUGCAGGGCAGGAUGGGGAGGAGAACAAAGGCAACGUGUACCUCAGGGAACCCCUGGUCACUCAGGUGUGAGACAGGAUGGAUGGAUAGACAGAGGAUCUGCUGAAUACAACCCUGGUACACUGCCUCUAAGUUAAAUAGAGAGAAAGAAAAAGGAGGAUGUCAAAGUAAAGGAGAAAAAAAUUAACUAUUUUACACAAGGACUUACUUGCACGCUUGCACCGUCAAUGGCUUAAACUGUUUACUACAAGCAGAACUGAUGAGACCAUGGCAGAGAUAUUCAAGUCACACACAGUGUUCAAAGACUGACAGCUUGGACAUCACUUUUAUAAAGAUUGAUUUUUGCUAAUGUCACUGAGAUACGAGUAUGAUGCCAUCAUAUUGACUAUAAAAACAGCUGAAUGUAUAUUUAUUUAUUAUAUAUUUACCAGAUUGUAAUAAUUGUCUAUACAGUACAUAAAAUUAUAGCAAUUGUAAAUGUUGGUGUUUUUAAGACAUGAGUGAAUUGCAGUGCCAUUUUAUUCGUUAUUGUGUGAUAGCUAGCUAGAUGCACAGGGCCGUUUUGAAUGUGUAGCGGGGUUGACUAAGGGCGUUUUCACACUUGGUCCCUUUCAGACAAGUUUUAUGAACCCAGUGCAGUUUGCACAUUUUUUGUGCAGUGUAAACACUCCCAAAGGAACCCAGACCCCCUCAGAAGAGCCCCCUAAGCGAACCGAACUGAGACCAUCUCGAGAGGUGGUCUGAGUUCGGUUCGCUUGAAUUCCGAGGUUCGGUUCCCUUUUUUAAGGCAAUGUGAACACAAAGCUCCCCAGGUUCGCUUGUCAUUAUUCCUGCAUGACACACUAGACUACUGCAACAUUGUUUCCCCUGCCAUAACCCCUCACAUUGGUGCGACAAAAGAGAGAAGGAGGAUGUGCAGGUUUGUAGAAAAAAACGUGUUGUUUGUCGAUAUUGAUUAGUGAUUGUCAAGAAUCCACAGACAUUUUUAGUUUUUAGUUCAGAUUAUUUGUUUGCCAUAUCUGAUCUAUUGGCUAAAAUAGCUUCAUAAACUCUUUAUUCAAUUGUGGGAUUUGAAUAGUGUGAGAAAACAACAAAUUUGGUGAGAAUCACAACAUAGGGUCCAAAAUUAAUUCUAGCUCUUAAAGGGGCAGUAGCCUACAUUGGGUGUACAAUUUUCAAUUACAGCAUUAUUUAAUCUGCAGUUAUUCUUCUGCUAUUUAUUCUGUUACCAAUAAUAUUUACAUGUUAAUAGUGUCUUCUGAUUAAAAUGAUUAUGUCUCCCCUUUUUUUAACUAAAUGCAGUCUAUUAGCUUUCAAAAUGUAAGUAGGUAUAUCUAGCUGUCCGAUAACACGUUCUGAUGGAAUGGCUUGUCCUGCACUUUGUAAAAACCCAGAGUGCAUUGAGUGAAUAUUGGAAAAAGAUCUUGAUUCCUUUCUAAACAUGGCAAUGUCAAUGCAAAGAGGACUCGGACCACAAAAUAGGUGAAGUGAACUGACAAAAUAGUUGAGUCCUCAUUCAAAGAUCAGUUCUUUAAAAGAGGACUAUAUGUAAAAACACCCUGAAUGCCCUGAUGGGACUGGGCACCCGUCUAUGACAGCUAUGGCAGAAAUGGUCUGCAGUAAUAUUGUGUUGACAUGGAACACAAAGAGAUCAGCCUGGGGGCUGUGGUGCAGACAGAGAGCAGCCCUACGUGUUGGUCCUGGGCCAGUGGAGAGUUUUCAGUGUGUAAUGGAGACAGCUAGGCUGGGCGGCAGGGAAAUCUGAUUCUGGACCUGAUGAAUCAUGCUGCUGUCAGGCUUCCAGCUGACCCUUCCUCCCAAUGGCUGUGCAGGGCUAACACUAGUAGACACCACUGGCCUAAAUCCAUACUCACCCCACUGGGUAGAACUACUUUACUGGUCAGUCCAAAGACAAAUCCCUGCCCCUGUCCAUAUUACCAUGGUGCCUCAGUUACCUUGCCUAAUUAGAAUUUGUCUUAACAAAAUGCUUUUUACAGUGUUCAGUGUUUAUAUUGUGGUUUAUACAGUAAAUAUGUUCUUAUGAUGAGAGAUUGUGAGCUGCGCAGAUUGUAUGAGAGAGUGGGUAGUGUGUGUGUAUGUGUGUAUGCACGUGUGUGUGGUUACCAGUAUGUGGUCUAUGACAGUGAGCCCUGUUUAUAUGUGUGUGAACCCUGUUUAUAUUUGCUGUAUUUAAUAAAGAUGGUAUUUUAUCA